UCUCAGUUUGAAUUUGGCGCGACGACAUACAGUCCAGUAGCGGGCGGCCAAGCCGCACGAUCGCGCCAUUGUGGGCCGUCAGAAAACGAACAAAUUGAAAGUUUCGCUUGUGUUAUUUACGUUUUUGUUUGUUUUGGUGUAAGAACGGACCGGUUUUUAGAGAAUUAAGACUUUGAAAAACUUAAAAUAGAAUUAAAUGAAACAUAGUUAAGUGAGUUUAUGUAGUGCAAACGAAAUAUUUUCGGGACGGCGUCGCCCACGUUAAUAUUUUGCAUAAACAGUAGUACGCUGUACUAUAACAAUAAUAAUGGAUGCAGAUAAAAAAAUAAACUUGUGCGAGGGGGUUCCUCUAAACUCACCAGGUGCGGCGAAUAUUUUUUUGAAUACAAGUAACGAUAGAAAAGUUAAAGAUGGAACUGUGAUACAUUUAAAAACAGAGAAACCGGCAGACGUCGGAGUGCAUAUAAACACGACUUUGUCGAUAGCGUCUUCCAAGAAAAUAAAACUUUUGUUCAUAAUGAACUUCUUGCUUAGCGUCGUGUGUAUGAUAAUUAGUUGUUCGGUAGCAUUUUACUACUGGAACGAGAUGAUAUCGAUGAGGAAACAGAUAGAGAUGGUGCGAGAACAGUUUUUAAUUCAGAACUUCAAAGACGGUGUAGGGGAAGAGGACAAGCCUGUGCAUAGUGCUUUGGUGUCGAGGCUGCGGCCUCAAGUGCGAGCGGAGGGCCGCGAGCCGCGUAUGAACUUCGCCAAGGAGGAUAUUUCACCAAAUGCCAGGAGGUACUAUGUUGAAGACCUUGGGGAGGACAUGUUGCUUGUUGACUCCAGUAAAAAGGAUUCCAAAGAAGACAAGGCCCCUGUUUAUGACAUGGCAGCAUUCCAAAAAGAGCCUCUGGUAGUUCACUUCAAUGGAGCCAUGAGGGAAGUUAAUAUGGGGUCUCAAGCAAUCGUGGGUCCUUGGCUACGCGACCUGGAGGUAUCAACCAAAGGCAGUGAAACUAAAAUAGAACUCAAUACCAACUAUUUCGUUAUUCAGGAAUCUGGACUGUACUUUGUUUACACACAGAUCGUAUACCUAACACACGCGCCGAACUGUUACUUCGUAUGGGCACGGCAACCCAACCAGGAGCCGCGGCUCCUCAGCACGUGCGCGACUGGCGACGACUCCAGUACGCGCGCGCUCGACCGCUCGCAGAUCUCCUGCGCAACGCACACACUCGCCAGACUGUACAAAGGUGAUACUGUCAACAUCGCCCAAAGAGAACAGAACAGAACAUUGUGGCUGCGGCCAGGGUUCACACACUUCGGAUUCAUUAAAAUUACCUCCUAACGUGAAAUGUGAUGUAUUAUAUUAGAUUUUGGAAGGGUUAUGUCGUCGCCAAUCAGAGGCAGGUCCCUUCUAGACUACAAAUGUAAGUCGGAAAUGACUUGUAAGUUUUUAUAAAAAAAAAAAACAUACAGACGAAUUGAGUACCUCCUUCUUUUGUGAAGUCGGUCAAAAAUGGACAUGUAGAUAACUAUUAUUAAAAGACAAUUGGAGUAGCCUCUCUCUUUCAUUAUCAGCUGAUCUUUGACGAUGUAAGUGAAUUCAGUAAUUUUACUUGACUCAAGAGGGAUUUUUGUAAUUCCUUUGUAACCACCUAGAGCAUUAAUUACUGACCAGAUUGUGACGAAUGAGGUGUUAUUUGUUUAGUACCCUUCCCCUGAGUGUCACAAGUGUACUUUCAGUAAGGAUUUAAGGUUUUCUUUAACUAAAAAAUAGUUAUGUAAAUAAGUCACUGCCAUGGUAUCAAAAUGUUGCUUAUAGUGCCAUAUUUGAUUUUCGUUUGUAUAUUAGUUGCAUCACAAGCGAUUGUGUACUUAUGUUAAUUAUCUUAAGUCAAUAUAUAUUUAGUUGAAAUUAUUGUCUAACAAUAAAGCUAUACUAAUUUGAUUUCGAAAUGACAUAAUUUUUGACUUUAUUUGCUCAAAAGCAUUUAGUACAUCGAACUGGUUAUUUGGCGUACUUAUUUAUUCUUUAAAGCAUGUAAUGGUGCAGUUAAAGUUAAUUUAGGUUUAAAUUUCGUUUAAAUGUUGUAUACUGUUAUGAAAAUGGUGCUGAUAGUUGGUUUGUCAUAUUAAGUAAUAGAGCCUACCGGAAUUUAGUCAGAAUUUAGUGUAAGUAAAAGUUAUGAAAAGGGUAUAUUUUGUCUUCCAGUGCUCAUAAGUUUUAGUACAUUCUAAAUUUAUUUUGUAACAGUAACUUUAUUAAGUUUUUUUUUUAUAUUCUUAAAGUGUAGGAUGAUCAGGAAAAUAUGAAGCUAAUUUCUUUGCGUACAUUAGAAAGCGAUUUAAUAGGUGAUUGAAGCUCCCCCAAGCCAGAAUAUUAUAUUUAGCCUAUAUUAAAAAAAAUAUUGUUUCUGGUUUUUUCAAAGAUUAUAAAAGAUAUAUGCAGUGGGAAAAAUAAAGAGCUUUAAUCUGUUGAAACAUUACUGCCAUUGCCGCUUUCAAUUUCCGAUUUAUAUUUGUAAUAAUUUGUGAUUGUAACCGCAGUGCUACUUGUGCUAAGUUAUUUAUAAGAAUAGUGAUGUUUAUUUUGUAAUUUAGUAAUAUUUUUCAUAAUAUGUUACCGAUAGUUUUCAACUUAUGGUGGAAUAAUAUGCAAUAUUCCUUUAAAGUUUAUGACAAACUUUUUUUUUUUGUAAUACGAAAUAUUUGUACAAUAACUGGGUUAAUUUUAGCCAAAACACUCCUGCAAGAAUUUUUGCAUUCUCUCUCCUACAAAAAUAGAGAUGCCAAAUAUAUUUUGUAUACAUGUUUUGUCUGAAAAACCCACAAAAACAAAGUAUUUUGACGAAUAUUUACGUGACAUUAUGAAUACUAAAAAUAAAUACUUGAUGAAACAUGUUAUACUGCAGCGAAGACAAAACUCCUUUUAUUGUUACUACAUACAUUAUUGAUAAUAUUUAUGUAUUUUAUUGUGUCAAUAGUAAUAUGUUUUGUGUAAUUAUCAAAUUGUAUUACAAAAAUGUUUUGUAUUAAGUAAGGAAUUUAGGAUUAUUCGAUGUUAACUGUAAAUAUAAACGGUAAUUAGUCCCGUCCGCCAAUAAAGUGCCUUAAACAUUGAAAUAUA